UAUUAAUCUCAAAUCAUAUUACAGACUUCAGAUCUGAUCUUUGAAUAGCUUAUUAUACUGUUGAAUAAAUUUUAGCACAGUACUUAUUGUACUUAUAUGUCUUCAGGUUCUGUAUUUUUUAUUUCAACUGUGCCUUCUUUCAUGGCUUGGAUGACUUAUAUUUCCCACUGGUUUGAUGAAGAUGAUUGGUAUGAAGGACAACAAAGAGCAAAAAUGUCACAUGUGAAACAAGUGGGACUUUUAGCUGCUGGAUGUCAGCCAUGGAAUAAGGAUAUAUGUGCUGCUAGUGGUGACAGAUUUGCCUACUGUGCUACCCUUGCUGUUUAUAUUUAUCAGCUGGAUCACCGAUACAAUGAAUUCAAGCUCCAUGCAAUUAUGUCUGAGCACAAGAAGACAAUCACAGCCAUAUCUUGGUGUCCCCACAACCCUGACGUGUUUGCAAGUGCCAGCGCAGAUAGUUUAGUGAUCAUAUGGAAUGUGAAUGAACAGAAAGUUGUGGCCAAGCUGGACAAUACAAAAGGAAUUCCUGCAUCCCUUGGCUGGUGCUGGAAUGCAGGUGACGCAGUUGCAUUUGUGUCGCACAGAGGUCCACUGUACAUUUGGACUAUCUCAGGACCUGACAGCGGGGUAACUGUGCAUAGAGAAGCACAUAGUUUCUUGUCAGAUAUCAGUCUGUUUAGAUGGCAUCCAAAGAAAAAAGGAAAGGUGGUAUUUGGACAUACUGAUGGAAGCCUUUCUAUUUUUCAAUCAGGUUCUAAAAAUCAGAAACAUGUCUUAAGACCAGAGUCUCUUGAAGGAACAGAUGAAGAGGAUCCAGUUACCGCUCUGGAGUGGGACCCUUUGUCAACUGAUUACCUUCUUGUUGCUAAUUUACAUAAUGGUAUUCGACUAGUUGAUUCUGAAUCUCUGUCCUGUAUCACAACUUUUAGUUUUCCCAGUGCAGCAGCAUCUGUUCAGUGUUUAGCCUGGGUUUCUAGUGCACCUGGAAUGUUUAUAACUGGAGAUUCUCAGGUUGGUGUGUUACGUGUUUGGAAUGUUUCACGUACAACACCUAUAGAGAAUUUUAAAUUGAAGCAAACUGGUUUCCAUGGCUUGCAUGUGCUAAGUUCUCCUCCAAAACAAAAGUCAUGUUCAUCACAGUAUCCUCCUAAAAAUCACCAUACAUCUUCAACAAGUGAGGCUGUUCCUCCUCCAACUUUAACCCAAAACCAAGCAUUUUCUCUUCCUCCUGGUCAUACCGUCUGUUGCUUCAUGGAUGGUGGAGUGGGGCUUUAUGACAUGGGAGCCAAAAAGUGGGAUUUCCUUAGAGAUUUGGGACAUGUUGAGACCAUCUUUGAUUGCAAAUUCAAACCUGAUAACCCUGAUCUUCUUGCUACAGCUUCAUUUGAUGGCACAAUAAAAGUUUGGGACAUAAAUACUUUAUCAGCGGUUUAUACAUCUCCUGGUAAUGAGGGGGUUAUUUAUUCCAUUUCUUGGGCUCCAGGAAAUCUGAACUGCAUAGCAGGUGGAACAUCCAGAAAUGGUGCCUUUAUCUGGGAUAUUCGAAAAGGCAAAAUAAUAACCAGAUUCAGUGAGCAUGGAAAGAAUGGAAUCUUCUGCAUUGCCUGGAGUCAUAAAGAUUCCAAAAGAAUAGCAACCUGCAGCAGUGAUGGAUUUUGUAUUAUUCGAACCAUUGAUGGCAAUGUUCUUCACAAGUACAAACAUCCAGCUGCAGUGUUUGGCUGUGAUUGGAGUCAAAACAACAAAGAUAUGAUAGCUACUGGUUGUGAGGAUAAAAAUGUUCGUGUUUACUACUUGGCAACCAGCUCUGAUCAACCACUGAAAGUUUUUACUGGGCAUACUGCAAAGGUGUUUCAUGUACGGUGGUCUCCUCUCAGAGAAGGAAUCCUCUGCAGUGGCUCUGAUGAUGGUACCGUUCGGAUAUGGGAUUAUACACAAGAUGCUUGUAUAAAUGUUCUUAGUGGACAUACAGCUCCAGUACGGGGACUGAUGUGGAAUCCUGAAAUUCCUUACCUUCUAAUAUCUGGCAGUUGGGACUAUACAAUUCGAGUCUGGGACACAAGAGAUGGAACAUGUUUGGACACAGUUUAUGAUCAUGGUGCAGAUGUGUAUGGAUUAACGUGUCAUCCUAGUCGUCCAUUUACGAUGGCAUCUUGCUCUCGUGAUUCCACUGUGAGACUCUGGUCAUUGACACCUCUUAUAAACCCUCUACAAAUAAAUAUCAUAACAGACAGAUGUUGGGAUGAUAUUAUCGGCAAUACAGAUCGCGCCGUGGAGUCUGGAGCUCCUCCUUUGCUGUGUGGUAAAGUUUCCAGGGAUAUUAAACAAGAAUUGGAAAAAUUGUCAGGAAGUCUUCAAGGAAAAAAACUAAGGUGGUUUUCAGAAUUUUUUUCACCUCCAGGAGGCAGCAAAAAUUUGUGGGAUUUGGUUGCUGUAAUAAAGGGACAGGAUGACAGUUUGCUUCCACAAAACUACUGCAAAGGAAUUAUGCAUAUGAAACACCUCAUUAGAUUUAGACUGUCCAAGGCACAAGAACUGACAACAGUAAAGAUGUCUAAAUUUGGAGGUGGUAUUGGUGCACCCAGCAAAGAGGAAAGACUCAAAGAAGCUGCAGAAAUACAUUUAAGAUUAGGACAAAUUCAGCGAUAUUGUGAGCUAAUGGUAGAACUUGGAGAGUGGGACAAAGCUCUCUCAGUUGCACCUGGUGUAUCAAUGAAAUAUUGGAGGAAGUUAAUGCAAAGGAGAGCGGAUCAGUUAAUUCAGGAAGAAAAUGAUGAUGUCAUCCCAUACUGUAUAGCUAUUGGAGAUGUGAAGAAACUGGUUUCAUUCUUUACUUCAAGAGGUCAGCUUAAAGAGGCUCUACUUGUUGCACAGGCAGCUUGUGAAGGAAAUAUACAGAUGUUGACACUCUCCACAACAAGUGGAACUUCAAAUUCUGCUGGAAACAAUACAGAUGAUUAUAAUGAUCUUCUGCAGAAGGUCAGUAAAGAACUGGCAGAUUGGUAUUUCCAGGAUGGCCGUGCAGUGCUUGCAGCAUGUUGUCAUUUGGCUGUUGAAAAUAUAGAGCUUGCGAUGGCAAACCUGAUUCGUGGAAAUGAACUGGAGCUGGCAAUCAGUGUGGGUACUGUCUUAGGAGAAAGUGCAGCACCAGCAACACAUUAUGCCCUAGAAUUACUAGCAAGAAAAUGUAUGGCAGUAAUAACAUGCUUCCCAUCACUUGGAUACAGGGAUUUAGCAGUUGAUCUUCUUAUGAUGAUUCCUGAUAAUAAACUGCAGUUAGUGAAACUAUGUGCUUUUUAUCCUGGAUGCACAGCAGAAAUAAAUGACCUGCAUGAAAAGUGUAAUCUUCCUGAUGUGGAAGAAUGUAUGCAAGUGGCAGAGACAAUUCAGGCGGAUGGGGAUGUAUUUGAAACAAUGAAGUACUAUCUGUUAAGCACAGAACCUGAAAAGGCUCUUCCUGUUGGCAUUCAGUAUGUGAAAGAACAACUCGGUGGCUCAGAUUGGACUUUAGAUUCAAUCUUUCCAUAUCUUGAUCUUUUAAGUUACAUACGGACUGAGCAGUUAAUGUUGCCUAAGUGUAGUGAGUUUCGGAAUGAGUUACUGAUUUUGUGUGGUUACAUUGGUGCUUUACUUGCUAUCAGAAGAGAGUACAACAGCAUUGUACCUGCACUCUAUGAGUAUACAAGUCAGCUUUUAAAAAGACGGGAAGUAUCUGUACCUUUGAAAAUUGAACAGCUUUCUGAGGAAUUAGAUGCAUGGAGAGCUUGCACACAAUUAAACAAGCCCACGGAUGAGUUGCCAUGCACCCCGCCCUCUGAAUCACAGAGAGCCCUGUACUCAGUACUUGUCUCACGAAUUCAGGGGGAGCCUCUGAAGGGAAUGGUUGGGCCAGACUGUGUCACUGGAUCAAAUCUUCCCAGUCAUUCAGAUGUUCACACCUCCUGUUUGACAGGGCUGAAGAUCCAGGGUCCUGUGUUCUUCCUCGAAGAUGGAAAAUCUACUAUUUCACUGAAUGAUGCUUUGAUGUGGGCCAAAGUGAAUCCUUUUUCACCAUUAGGAACAGGGAUACGACUUAACCCAUUUUGAUGAGGUGUUUCCUCUGUACUUUAUAGUGCUUAAAAUAACACUCUGGGAGUUAAUGCUGAUUUAACCUUGAUUGUCAAAGGACAGAGAGGUGGUAGUUGAUUCCUCCUGCAGGUCAAUUACUUGAACUUUGAAAAUUUUAACAUGAGAACAAAAGGAUUUCUAUACAAAUGUUUGUUGAGAAUCCAAAGAAAAGAGUUAUUUGAUAAUCCAAAGAAAAAGUCCUAAUUUCAUAUAUAGCCAUGUCAUUUUUUUUUGUAAGAAUAUUGUCAUCAGACAAUUAUUUUUGUCAACUUUGUGUGAAUAGAUGCUUUGUAAAGUAAGCAACUAUCUACAUAUUACCAAAAUAUUGAUAAUAAACUGUGAAACCCAUAAACACCCUUCCAAAUAUAUAAUCAUAGAAAAAAUUACUUUAUUGACAGCAACUCCAAACUUUUUUUAGAAUGACUGGAAUAUUUUGGCUGUUUCACACUGUCCCCCUUUAUAAUUUGAACUAAUUUUUACACACAGGGUUCUAUAGCAAAAGUAAAAUUUCAAGAGUAGGUGUUUUUUUCAUCCACUUGUUAUUGUGCUUUAAUAGCAGUACAAAUAGAAGGUCACUUAUGUUUUGUGUAGAUUAUCUAUGUUUUCUUUAGAUUAUCUAUUUUUUAUUUAUUUAUUUAGAUUAUCUAGAUUACAAAAUUGUAUUUUCUAAUAGGAUCAUAUUUGGCAACAUUCUCCGUUAUGCUUUCACUGAAGGCUAAAACUCUUUAUAAAUUUUCUUGUUUUUUUUAACAAAGGCUUUGUAUAGAACAAGCAGCAUAUUUAUUGAAGUUAUUUAACUAUGCUAUGUACAUUUCGAAAGCUUGUUUUCUCUUUACAUUUUGUAUUAGUUAUAAACAUGCAUAUAAUAUGACAGACCAGAAUUAAGUACUUGUGCAUUUAUAUUUUUAUUUACUACAUCUGCACUCAAAUGGAAAAGCAGUUAUGGCAAUAGAAUACUAAAAAUAUUUAAAGCUAUGUAUAGUAUGGAAUUUAUUAUAAGGCAAAUAUUAUACUCAUUAUUCUUAUUAAUAAUUCUUAUAAGCAGAAUUGCUCACUUUUAGAAAAGAUGCCUUGGUUGCAAUACUUUUUGUUAGCUUAAUAAGCUAAGCUUUUGUUAGCUUAGUACAUAAGCAGAAAUCUAUUUCAUCUGGGUUUUUUUGCUGCUACUUUAAAAUAAAUUUUGAAAUUUA